ACAUUUUAUCGGAGGCAAGUGACGCACACUUUGGCACACGACUGGCGUACGAACUUAUCUACAUUCGAAUUCUCGUAUAAUUUUACAGUGAUUGUUUUUGUGUGGUAAAUGAUAACAUAUACCAACAUGGCAGCGACGACUCUGGGAUUUAUUCCUUUGCAGCUUAUACAGACAAGUACCUUGCAGCAAUUCGGACACUUUGAAACGAAAGGGUUGGCUGCAAGCGGAACUUACGUUGUAGUGAAGACGCCAACAGUGGCGCAACAGCUGCAGUUGACAAAAUCACUGAAAGAACUGCAGACGGGAAGGAAAGAAAUAAACAACAACGAAAAUGCCAAUGGUAAACCAGUGCUUCUGCGAUGCAAACGAAGAGUUGACUUCACCGAUCUGGGCUGCAAGCUGGUCGAUUCCCACAGCCCGUCCGUUUCCAGGAGAAAUGAGCGGGAACGGAAGCGCGUGAAAAUGGUGAACAUGGGUUUUGAGACACUGAGGCAGCAUGUACCGUUCGGGAAGAAAAACAAGAAGAUGAGCAAGGUGGAGACUCUGCGAUCGGCAGUUCAGUACAUUAAGCAGUUACAAGAGAUGCUUGACGAACACGACGGAAGCGUCAGCGACCUGAUACCUAGUGAUGUAGAUAUGGACGCCCUGGAGAUCAAAGUCAACGAAAUGAUUCAGAAAUCAAAUGACAGCAAUAACAAUGCGAAUGACAUUGAAAACAGCAUUAAAAACAUGAACAGCAGUGUAAACAUGAGCUCCAGUGAUCAAAUGACUAUGAGCACUAUGAAUAACAACAUAAACUGUAUUAACGACGCUUUGGCUGUAUGCGACAAUUUCGAAUCUCUGGGAUCGCGUUUGCAAACGACAUCUCUUUCGCAGCAGACGACUACGCCACAAUCCUCGCCGGGACUUCCGGAUUCUCCAAACCAGCUGACGUCACACCAGCAACAUUUUUUCCCGACGUACCAAACCUGCGCCGACUUGUUUUCAUCCCACUACGAGUCCGUCUCUUCGGCGGGUUCUAUGUCGUCGGCGAUGUCCUAUUCUCAGGCGUCGCCGGCGGGUUCCUUACACUCGCCGACGUCGAGCGUCGUCUCUGACUCAAGCUAUGACUCCAUCAGUCAAAACGACGAAGAUGACUUGCUGUCCGGUUUCAACUGGUUUAACUGAACCGAAGACGCUUCCGUGAGCCACAGAGACUGUUAAAAAAUAUGUUUCUCCAGCGAACCGGGCCGUGCGGUAGCAGCGUACUGACUGAAUGGGAGCCCCGUGACCAAUCGCGCCUCACAAUGCUUUGAACGCAGAGGCGUUCACCGUAAAAUUUGAGGGACUCCGAAUGAAGCGUUCCAAAGGGUUUAGCGGUCGACGCAGCGAGGCAGACGACAUUGUUGGAAAAGCAAUUUUGGUCGUCUUAGAGACGGAUUGAGCAAUAACAUAUCGUUGGAAACUUUUGUUCUGCAGGAAUUUUAAAUACAUUUAUUGUAUUAUGGAAUGUUGUUACGGGGUUUGUUUGAUUUUUGUUGUUGUUUUUUAUCGCGAAGGACUGACCUAGUUUCGGCUAAAACGAUUAUGUGUGUUCGCGUAUUUUUGUACUACAAAAUAUUUAUUUAUUUAUGAACAUUAUUUAAUGUUAGAUGAAUAUAAUAUCUUUGGCGAAAGAACAAAAGGGUCGUUUGUAAAUAGAGUGUUACUUAGUUUGUAUACUACACAAAAAUCGCUAAUAUGGUUUCUGCGUUUUCAUGUGAGUGCAAUCUAUAUGUGUUCAUAAACGUGUGUUCAUUCCGAUUUUAAGAAAUUAUCCUGCGAUGCGUACAUUCCUUUCGUACCCAUUUCAUUUAUCUCGUUAUGGCGGAUUUAGAGUAUUAUAAUGUUACUUAAAGACCCGCAGUUGUACUUCAGACAUUCCAUUUGAGCCUCACUCUGUGAACAGGGGGUUUAAUGCAUGUGCGUCAAAUGUCGUCCCAUAUUAGCCCGUGUAGUCCACACAGGCUUAUCAGGGACGACAAUUUCCGCUUUAUGAUAGUUUCUGUUUAAAGAAAGUCUCUUCUUAGCAAAAAUCCGGUUUAGGUGGAAAGUGUCGUCUCAGAUUAGCCUGUGCAGACUGCACAGGCUAAUCGGGACGGCACUUUCCGCACAUGCAUUAAACCCCCUUUCACUUUUCACAUUCCAUUUGUAUGAUGCGUUCUCAGAUAUUUUGUUUCCAUGUUGACAAGGAUCUCAAUUUUGAAUCAAGCUGAUUGUUUUUGCUUUAAACCAUUGUUGAAGAUAUUUAAUAUAGCUCUACCACUUGCAUAACAUUUGAGCAUCAACCAAACAAUCAAUCAAUCAAUAUUUUUACCAAUAGAUUUACAUUUUGGCACUCAGUCACUCACAAAGUCACCCAUUAUUUCAAUCAAUCUACCAAUCAAAAAUCAAUAAAUCAAUCAAUCAAUAUUUUAACCAAUAGAUUUACAUUUUCGCACUCAGUCACUCACAUAGUCACCCAUCCAUUCAAUCAAUCUACCGAUCGAUCAAGCAAUCAAUCCAUCAAUCAAUCAGUCAAUCAAUAAAUCAAUCAAUCAAUUCAUCCAUCCAUCCAUCAAUUUAUCGAUCAAUCAAUCACAAAUCAAUCAACCUUUUUUCCAUCGGUAAGGCUACAUCAUCACAUCCUCAUAUAUAUAUUUUCUUCAGUCAUCUAUUUCGCCACAAAUGUGCUCAUUAGGCGAUAGUAGAUGUAAUUGCCAGAUAAAUGUUAUGUAUCACCGAGUUAUGUGUUCAACUUGAUAUGCAGCAUUAGCAAUGAGAUUUUGUAAUUAUUUUUAUGUCAUUUGCCAGCCACUGUGUUCAAAAUAGUUCGAUUUAAUUUGAGUUUACAUUGUUAUUAAAACUGUUAUUACCAUAAUGGACAAAUAUAUGUAAAUGUUAUAUGGAAAUCAUAUUUCAUGUCCGGGUCAUAUUUUUCUUUCCCACCAACCACAAUUUCAAGAAGAAUGUUUUAUUCUAUUUUGUAACGAUGUUAAGUUGGGAAUGAUGUUAUUUGAUUGUUUUUGAGAAUUUAUGGGCGGAAUAUGCAAGGUAUUUAGAGUCCUUAGUGCUUCCAUUAACUGUUAUAUUGUACAUAUCACAAUUUUAUGCAAUUUACAAAUUUAUUAACGUUUGUACCCGACUUACAUUAUUUUGUGAAUAGUUUAAUUGAUAUUUUUAUGCCUUAAUAUUAUGUCUCAACAAAAUGAGAAUAAAUAUGUUGAAACACUUA